AUGGCCUUGGAUUUGGAGGAGCUGAUCCCGGCCACUUCAGACAGCUGGGACAAAAACCACACUGCUCCUCCUGAAGCCAGGGUUCAACAAUCAGCUGGACUCUCCUCUACAUCAGGGAAGGCCUCAUGUGACUCCUUUGGGUUGGACCCAGAUGGGUCCCACAAGAAAGAACCAGACUACCAGGAGCCCACAGACAAACCCCAACCCCUGACCUUUCUCAGCGAGACAGACUAUGAAGGGUAUGUCUACGAUAACAACAACUCUGUGAUCUGUGAUGCGGAAGAAGAGGUGCUGCAGACCUUCUACGCCAAGUUCUACCCCAUUCUCUAUACCCUCAUCUUCCUGCUGGGUUUGGCAGGAAACGGCCUGAUGAUCGCCGUCCUCCUGAGGCGUCACCAUCGGCUGCGCAUCACUGAGAUCUACUUGCUGCACCUCGCCCUCUCUGACCUCAUGCUGAUAUUCACGCUGCCCUUUGAUGUGAUUGAGGGCAUCACUGGCUACAUAUUUGGAAACUUUUUCUGUAUGUUUAAUGGAGUGUUAAGAAAUCUGAACCUCCUGUGUGGAAGUUUCCUCCUGGCUUGGAUUGGUUUUGACCGUUAUUUGGCCAUUGUCCAUGCAAUACCCAGCAUGCAAAGUCGACGCCCGAAAAAAGUGCACCUGACGUGUGCUUCACUUUGGUUCGUCUGUUUCCUAUUAGCACUGCCCAACGCAGUCUUUCUCUCUGUUGCAAAGUACACAAACGACUCCUUGGCUGAUUGUAAUUAUUACCGUUUUGAAACUCAUGCCCACAACUGGGUUUUAUUCAGAAGGGUUUUGAAUCACCUAAGCUUUUUCCUUUCUCUGGCUGUCAUGUGUUAUUGUUACACUGCACUUGUCAUCACCCUGUUUAAAAGUCAAAAAAGCCAUGCCAAGAAAGCAGCCAUCCGACUCGCUUUGCUCGUCACACUUGUGUUUUGUUUGUGCUGGCUGCCACACAACAUCACCUCGCUGGUAAAAACUCUGAUGGACCUGGAAAUCAUGACAGAUAUGUCCUGCUCAUCCUGGACCUUGAUCAACCAGGCCGACACUGUGACAAUGAGCCUGGGCAUCGCACACUGCUGCCUCAACCCUUUCCUCUAUGCCUUUGUGGGGGUGCAGUUUCGGAACGAGCUCUUGCACCUUCUGUGUCGUCUGGGCUGCAAUCGCCUCUGCUUACGUUUCAUCAGAGUUCAAGACAGCAGAGGACCAUCGUUUUCUGAUGGAACAACAUCGAACAGCAUUAUGUACUAA